AUGCCUCUUCGUCCUCACAUCGGCCUCGGGUUUCCUGCUCACGCUUACCAAAAACGUCAUGUAGAACCUCACGAUCGCUCAACCGGGUAUCAGCCCAAAGUUCGAAUUACAGAUCGUUACCGCAUCAUUGGCUUCAUCAGCUCGGGUACCUAUGGACGGGUUUACAAGGCUGUUGGCCGGAAUGGCAAGCCUGUCGGUGAAUUCGCUAUCAAGAAGUUUAAGCCCGACAAGGAAGGUGAACAGAUUAGCUACACGGGCAUCUCUCAGAGUGCGAUCCGUGAGAUGAGCCUUUGCAGCGAACUUCACCACAUCAACGUCAUUCGUCUUUGCGAAAUUAUGCUUGAGGACAAGUGUAUUUUUAUGGUGUUUGAGUAUGCCGAGCAUGAUCUAUUACAAAUCAUCCAUCACCACACACAACAGCCACGACAUCCGAUUCCCCCGGCAACCAUCAAAAGUAUCAUGUUCCAGCUCCUCAACGGAUGUCAGUACUUACACAUAAACUGGGUUCUUCACCGUGAUCUCAAACCUGCCAACAUCAUGGUCACUUCAUCAGGCGAAGUAAAGAUCGGAGACUUGGGUCUAGCACGUCGUUUUGACAAACCUUUACACUCCCUCUUUAGCGGCGAUAAAGUUGUCGUUACUAUCUGGUAUCGUGCUCCCGAACUCAUUCUAGGUUCAUAUCACUACACGCCUGCCAUCGAUAUGUGGGCCGUUGGGUGUAUUUUUGCCGAACUUCUUUCCUUGAGGCCGAUAUUCAAGGGAGAGGAAGCCAAGAUGGAUAGCAAGAAGACGGUUCCCUUUCAACGCAACCAGAUGCAAAAGAUUAUCGAGAUCAUGGGUGUGCCAACAAAGGAUAAAUGGCCCCUUCUGCCGACCAUGCCCGAAUACAAUCAACUCAACACUCUCGCCAACUCCAUGGCAUCAUCUCACCACGGUCACCACAGCCAUCAUCAUCCUCAUCACCAUCACGGCCACUACGGCUCCCGCAACCCACCACCCCCUCCCCCAGGCGGCUCGAACCUCGAGAAGUGGUAUUACAGCACUAUCAACCACACCAGCGCCCCCGGCGGUACACCACCACUAGCCUCUCUCGGCUCAGAAGGCUACAAACUCCUUGCUGGUCUUCUAGAAUACGACCCCUCAAAGCGUCUCACAGCUGCCCAAGCUCUUCAAUCUCCCUUCUUCUCAACCGGCGACCGUCCUUCCGGGUACGAAGCGGAGUGGAUUACCGGACGACUCGUUGAUAAGGCCUGCCAAGAGGCAGAAGGAGUAGGAUCCCAAGGUGGUAAGAGGCCGUGCCCGACGAACUGUUCGUCCUUUGGUCGUUCACCCACCGAUCAUUCGGCCUCAACCAAUUAUUCACCCUCAGAUGGUUUACUGCCAGAUUACUCACCCAUCCUCAUGUCUCUGUAUACAGUGAAAGUUAAUGUCCUCACGUUCACGUUCUUGAACGACAUGCAACAAGCCGUGAGCCGAUCUGCUCUAUACCAGAGCUGA